UGACUGCGCGUCCCCGGAACGGAGGAGGAGUGGACACCUCUACUCUGAAGCAACAUUGUCUCGGCAAUUGAACGUCUCUCCAGCGUGGCAAUAUUUCUGAAGGAAAGUCGACGGAGGAUCUGCUUUCAGCGGUCGAGAGUUUGAUUUGUUAAACUUAAUCCACAAAGAUAGGACUCUUAUGCAAUCCACUUAAGGAUUUACGGACGGAUAUCGGUAGAAAAUCGUGGGAUUUUGGUUCAUUUCUUGACGGGCCCGAACACAGCUCUAUACCGAUAGAGAGACUCCACACAGGUCUUUUCGUCCUGAAAUGGACACAGGAACUGUACCCGAAAAGAAAAGCAGAGCGAGCUCAGAGCGCAGGAAGGAGAAAUCAAGGGAUGCAGCACGAUGUCGGCGUGGGAAGGAGUCAGAGGUGUUUUACGAGCUGGCCCAGCAGCUGCCCCUGCCCCACAGUGUCAGCUCCAGCCUGGACAAGGCCUCAAUCAUGAGACUCACCAUCAGUUACCUGCGCAUGAGAAAACUGCUUUCCACUGAUGAGCCAACAACAGAGGAAGAUGCAGAGCUUGAUAUGCAGCUAAACAGCUCCUACCUAAAAGCUCUGGAGGGCUUUCUCAUGGUGCUGUCCGAGGAUGGAGAUAUGAUCUAUCUCUCCGAGAAUGUCAGCAAGUGCCUCGGGCUUGCACAGUUUGACUUGACUGGACACAGUGUGUUUGACUUCACACAUCCCUGUGACCAAGAGGAGCUGAGGGAGAUGCUCAUCCACAGAACAGGCUCCAAGAAAUCCAAGGAGCCAAAUACAGAGCGUAGCUUCUUUCUGCGGAUGAAGUGCACCCUCACGAGCAGGGGCCGCACUGUCAACGUCAAAUCUGCUACAUGGAAGGUGCUUCACUGCACAGGUCACGUGCGCGUUUAUGACAGCCCGGCCGAAGAGGGCACCAACGGGCAAAAGGAGCCACCUGUGCCCUACCUGGUUUUGAUCUGCGAUCCCAUCCCACACCCCUCCAACAUUGAGGUCCCUCUGGACACUAAGACCUUCCUCAGCCGCCACACGAUGGACAUGAAGUUCACGUAUUGUGAUGAGAGGAUCACUGAUCUCAUGGGUUAUGAUCCAGAGGAUCUGUUGGAUCGUUCUGUGUAUGAGUACUACCAUGCUCUGGAUUCAGACCACCUUACCAAGACCCACCACAACUUGUUUGCAAAGGGCCAAGUCUGCACAGGCCAGUACCGAAUGUUGGCUAAGAAAGGAGGCUUCGUGUGGGUGGAAACACAGGCCACUGUCAUUUACAACAACAAGAACUCCCAGCCACAGUGUGUUGUCUGUGUCAACUUCGUGCUCAGUGGCAUCCAGGAGGAGAAACUGAUCUUGUCAGUGAAGCAGACUGCAGAUGUGAAGCCGGUAAAGGAGGAACAGCAGGAGGAAGACCAGCUUGUAGUUGAGAUCAGCCAGGUCGAGCUCUCUCCAGUCGAGCCAAAGAAGGCUGAACUGGAGAAGGAGGAGGAAGUGCAGAAGGAGGAGAAGGUGGUGAAAGGCCCAAAGAUGAACGUACUCAAAAUCCUUACUGAUUCGGCAGUCACCCAGCUGCCGAUUAACCUGUAUGACCACCUAAAGGGAGAGCCUGAAGCCCUCACCAUGCUGGCACCAGCUGCCGGAGACACGAUCGUCUCCCUGGACUUCAGCUGCCCCGGUACAGAAUCAGAUAUCCAUCUUCUGAAGGAUGUCCCUCUCUACAACGAUGUAAUGCUUCCCUCCACAGAUGACAAGCUGGUUCUGCCUCUUUCCCCUCUGCCACCCAGUGAGCCUCUGAAUGUUUCCAGCACAAACUCUGAGGAUUCAAAGUCUGAGAGCUAUGCUCCAGCCCAGUCUACUACCACAACCAGCCACAGGCCCCCAGCGCCCGGCAGUCCACUGGACUUCUGCUUCCCCAUGGAUUCAGAGAUGAACUCGGACUUCAAGCUAGACUUGGUUGAGAAGCUGUUUGCUAUUGAUACAGAGCCCAAAACACCCUUCAACACACAGGAAAUGGAGGACUUUGAUCUGGAGAUGUUAGCUCCAUACAUUCCCAUGGAUGAUGAUUUCCAGCUACUCAGCCUGCCCCCAGGAGAGCCUUUGUCUUGUGGAUCAGUCAAGUCCCUCGAGAGUACUCCAAUCCACAGCUAUCCCAGCUCCCCCUUCAGUGCGCCAGGCAGUCGCACAGCUUCCCCAGCACCACCUGUGGAGCCUGUAGAUGCUCCUCAUCCUCCCACCAUCUUGGCAAAUGGAGCCCCACAUUUGGAGAAAGAGGUGCCGCUGAGGACCCUCGCAGUUCAGAAUGCACAGCGCAAAAGAAAAAUUAGUGACCUAAAAGAGAUCAUAGAACAGGGAACUUCACUCCAGCAGCAGGUUGAGAAGGGCAAAAAGCUGAAGCCUUCAGGGACUGGUACAACCAGGACCAUCGUUCUGCUGUCUUCAGAUUUGGCGAGUCGCCUGCUUGGCAGCACUUCAGAGGCCACCACUUCCUCCUUCGGCCUGCCGCUCCUCACCCGCGACGACUGCGAGGUGAACGCACCCUUACAGGGUCGUCAGUACUUACUGCAGGGAGAGGAGCUGCUUCGUGCUUUGGACCACAUCAACUGAGUCAAUAUUUAGCCUGCUCACUGCUGGACUAGACUGGACACUACAAUUUGUUCCUCACAUUGUCAACCCAACCCCCAACGCCCCCCUCCAAAACACAAACACACACACGUUUCCAAGACCUCCCACCCCCACUGCCCCUUAUUUAUGUAUCUGUAUGAGUUUAUUAUAGUUUGGCUGCUGUUUGUGCACAUCUUGUGAUAUUUGCAGCAUUCCACCGUGACAAACACCAUAGCAGCAAUUGGGUUUAAGUGCGAGCGAUUCAGGCAUCGUCCAUGAUGUCCAGCUGUCCUUUCUUGGUUAGUUUUUUCUUCUUUCCCUCUCUUCCUGGGAGUUUCUCAGCACACGGCGCCUUGACGGAUGACCCAUUCCCAGCUGGUCACCACAGAAUCUGGCGCCACUGCCAGCAGUGUAUUGUAAGCUUCAGUCGCACAAUUUAUAUUUUCUUAAAAAGAAAAAAUAUUACCAGCAAUAUAUAUUAAGCCUUUUUAAAGUAGUUUUAAUGGGGUUUGAACAAUUGUAUUUUUCCUCCCAUACUUGUAUGUUGUAGUACUCGUACCUAAUAAGAUGUCUUUAGUCCAGAAGUAUGAAUAUAUUGUUUAAAAUAUUGUUUAAUAAAUGUUAUCUCAAUUUAUUAGCUAUCAGUCUUUGAGGUUAAUACAUGAAAUUGUGUAGCAGUCCAGUACAUGUCACUUUAUUACUUUACUGUAAGUGUGUGUUACUGUACAUAUACCAGGGAAAUUUUAUUUUGCUCAUUAUGGCUUCAGAGUGCUCAAUGAAAUCCGAAUAACCUCCUCACGUUUACUUCUCAUGCAGGAUUGGCAUUUUAAACAUUCAUGAAUUGAAUUCAUGUCUUUUUUUCCUUUUUGGUCCUUGCUGUGUGUGACAUACUCAAAGCAGUUUAAAUCAGUGCGACUUCAUAUGUUACUCUCAUCAUCAUCAUCAUAGCGGCAACAUUUGUGACUUCUGUGCUCAUGUAAUGGUAGUCAGUUUAAUACCAUUCAUCCUUGCCAUAGUGUUGGGUCUCUCUUGCUUCCUUUUGCUGUCCUAACAACAUUAAAUGGCUUUAAUAAAGUGCA